AUGCUAGUAGCAGCAUUCGUGGCGAUUUGCCUCUUGAAUGGUGCAGUAUCAGCCCCUCUUGACGAUGUCCUCCCCAUCGGACCCGUGCAGAUGACGGUAUGGGAGGUCUUGAUCGGUGUCAAGCGUCAAACUGGACGGAAUUGCCCGCUUGGCUACAAGCUCUGCGAUGACGGAUGCGCGCCCGUCGUAAGCACUUGCUGCGGUGACGGCGAUGGCUCCUACUGCCGGCUCGUCGAGUACUGCACACUGGGAGGCUGCUGCCCUAUGCUACGGCAAUGUGGAGGAUACAACACGGAAACCUCUACGCACUAUGGAAGCUCAGAGCCAACUCGAUCAGCAGGCCGUCCCAACACUGAGCCAACAUCUGAUCUGCCGUUCGGUACCGACACGUUCAGCCCGGCUCCCACGAGCUCGUCCAGUAACGCCCUUCCCGGGUCUGGUGUCUCUGAGCCUACCUCCGCCGCCCGCUCCUCCAGUUCCACCGGCCAGCUGCCCGAGUCUGGAACUAGCUCGGCCUCUAAACCAAGCCCACCGUGGGCCGAGACCGCUCCAGACACCACCAUCACCGUGGUCCUCGAUCCACCUGCGCUCGUUUCUGCUUCGAAGACUGCAGACUAUGUUGUCCCCAACGAUCUGAACCAGCCUUUCCCUGGAAGUAGUGGCAGUACGUCGUUGACUGUCUCUGUUGUUCUCGUAACCGUUUCACUCUCUUUAACCAUUGGCUUCCUCGUCCAUAACAUGUAG